UUUCCCCCAGGACAUCUUUCAGUGCUGGGAGAGCCACAUCUACCUUUAAGACUUUCGGUCCUUUUUUGGGAUCCAGCCUAACUUUUCCAGUCCUCAUUGGCUGAGUGCUUCUGCCUGAGGAUGGGUCAUGUCUCCUCCAUAACUUCCACUGGCAUCAUGAAAUCAUGCAUCAUUUUACUAGCUUCACAGCCUCCCUUCACAGCCCACUUGGCUCUGUCCUGGCUUACACUGUCAUGUGGGAAGAGCCAGCAUAGAGACUAAUUUAACAAGGUGUCAGCUUUUUCACGAAACAACUGUUGGAAACUUUUGUGAAACUUCGGCUCCCCCGCGUCAAGUCCUUAAACCGAGGAACUUCUGUUACACGUGCUCAGAUUGUGACAGUACAUGCAUUCAGAUUGCAAGGAGAGCCUGUGUUAUCAUCCCGUUUUCCAGUUGAGGAAAUGGAGGCCUGAGAGGUUCCAUGACAUGCCUAACACACACAGCUAGUGCACACACCUAAGCCAGGUGCUCCUGUCCCAUGAUUCCCGUGGAGCCCGGCCAUGGUAGCUGGCCCCCACCCUGGCCAUGGACGAGGUCACCUUCAAAAGUGACACUGUGCUGUCAGACGUCCACCUCUACACCCCGAACCACAGACACCUCAUGGUGCGGCUGAACGGCAUGGGGCAGCCUGUUUUCCUGUCCCAGUUCAAGCUUCUGUGGAACCGAGACUCUCGGACAGACUCAGGGGCCGAGGGUGAUGGUCGUGGCGCUCUUCUCGCCGAGGAAACGCCACCAUCUGGACCGGGCAGUGCCAGGCCCCCUCCGGGGAGUGGCCACAGUGACGCCACCAGCCAGGUGGGGCUGGGUACUCGGCUGGACGAAGACGGGGAUUUGGACGUGGAGAGGAGACCACCAACGGCUUCGGACCCCGAGCCAGCAGGGCCUCCGAGAGACAAGGUACAUCCCACGAUUCUAACGCAGGAGGAAGAGGACCCACUGGCAGACGGAGCACGAGAGAGCAGCCCCCAGGAUAUCGUCAGAAUAGAGCACACCAUGGCCACCCCCCUGGAGGAUGUUGGCAAGCAGGUGUGGCGGGGCGCCCUGCUCCUGGCAGACUACAUCCUCUUUCAGCGGGACCUCUUCCAGGGCCGCACCGUGCUGGAGCUUGGGGCGGGCACGGGUCUGGCCAGCAUCAUCGCAGCCACCGUGGCACGCACGGUAUAUUGUACAGAUGUCGGCGCAGAUCUCCUGGCCAUGUGCCAGCGAAAUAUUGCCCUCAACGGCCACCUGACUGCUGCUGGAGGCGGUGUGGUUAAGGUCAAAGAACUGGACUGGCUCCGCGACGACCUGUGCACAGACCCGGAGGUCCCCUUCAGCUGGUCGCAGGAGGAUGUCUCUGACCUGUACAGCCACACCACCAUCCUGCUUGCGGCCGAAGUGUUUUACGAUGAUGACCUAACUGACGCUCUGUUUAAAACCCUGUCCCGCCUCGCUCACAAGCUGCAGAACGCCUGCACGGCCAUUCUGUCUGUGGAGAAGCGGCUGAACUUCACACUCAGACACCUGGACGUCACAUGCGAGGCGUACGACCACUUCCGCUCCUGGCUGCGGCGGCUGGAGGGGCUCGCGGACGGCCGGCUGCGCUUCGCGGUGGAGCGGGUGGAGGCCUCCUUCCCGCAGCUCCUGGUUUACGAGCGCAUCCAGCAGCUGGCCCGCUGGGUGCAUCAGACUAGGCCUCUGAGGAAGCCUCCCAGUAGCGGUACACGGGUCGGGUACCGGGCCGAGCUCCUUCCUCCCCGGCCUCAGCUGAUGCCGAGACCAGGAGCUCUGGAAGAUCUUUGUGGAACCGGUGAUGUGACCCACCGCAUCCCCAAGCACGGCUUCUCGACUGUUCUUAGAGUACAUCUCUAAUAAAAUCAAAAGCUCACAAAG